AUGGGUUCGGAGACACCAGAACACGUCUUUCUUUGGGCUUGUUUUUCACGAGAGCCGUUGCUGUUUUGUACCCGACGUUUGAAUCUGCGGACGGGCUGGUGGCCUGUUCCUGAAGUGACCCUAAAAGGCGCACGGGGCCAGUGUUUACGGUCCCCUAAAAACCCCGGACAGAAGAUCAUUAAGAGAGUGAUCGCCCUCGAAGGAGAUAUUGUGAAAACCAUGGGGCACAAAAACCGCUACGUCAAGGUACCUCGUGGUCAUAUCUGGGUGGAAGGCGAUCAUCACGGGCACAGUUUUGACAGCAAUUCCUUCGGGCCGGUGUCCCUGGGACUUCUGCACGCUCACGCGACACACAUCCUGUGGCCUCCGGAGCGCUGGCAGAAGCUGCAGUCUGUCCUCCCGCCAGAGCGCCUGCCGGUUCAGAGGGAAGACUGACCGCGGGGGGUCCCCGCGCCCCCCGCAUUGGGCGCCACCAGCCGCGGGAAGGACCCCCGACAAGACCAUGCCGCGCGGGAGAGUGUUCUUUCACGUUAAGACGACGGGAGAAAGAGUGAAGACUAUUGAACAGUGUUAAAUGGCACCCGAUUCCGUGGCCAACCGUGACACCCUGUUGUUUUUAUGCCAAAUAAUGCCGGCCUCUGGGAUAUGAAAAUUGUUUUCCCGUAUGUCUUGUGGGGGUAAAUUCGAGAUUCUGCUUCCACCCUUCUUCUGUGAUUGUGGGGUUUUGAUUUUGGUGCUUGCUGCCGAAAGAAUGUGAAAAAUGAGCCUUUUGAGGGAAGUAAUUGCUUGAGUGAUGUCGCUUACUCUUAAGACGGGGCGCGAAGAAACGUACGGUACACGCCCUGACGGGGAUUGUAUGGAGACCGACGGUUUCUACACCAGCGACCGCCAGGCGGGUGAACUGUAAACUGUGAUGUAAAAAUAAAACACUGGUUUGCUCAGGUA